UGGGCGGGGAUGAGGGGGUCCCGUGUCUGUGAGGCUGGGCAGGUCAGGGUGUGUGUCCCUUGGGCACUGCGCUUCCUGCUCAGGUGUCGGCAUCCUGCUGGGGCGGAGUUGCCACGUGUCUCCCAGUGUCCCUGUGUGGCCUGGGGACAAGCUCACGGCUCAUCAGUGGGGUCGGUUCUCAGGGCCAUGGGAGUUGAGCCAGACCGCCCAGCCACUCUGGAGGCAGCAAGGCUCAUCCUUGCCAUCCGAGGGGAACCUGCUUCCUCCCAGGACUCUCUGGGGACGUGCCCCAGGACACUGUGACACUGGGCUCGCCUUGAGCCAGGUGCCUCAGCUCGCUGCCUGAGCUGCAGUGACCAUGGGACAGAUAGAGGUGCCGGGCAGGUCGUGCAAUCCGGCCAGCACACCGGGGCUCCUGGUCAGGGGGCGCAGAGGGAGCCAGGUGAGAGGGGCUGAGGGUGGCUUCAGCAGCAAACAGCCCCAGGGCGUGGUGGCUCUUACUUGCAUGAGGUGGGAGCACCUUCUACUGCAGGAGAGGGGAUGGGACCCCUCGUGGCUGUGUUCUGCUGUCCCCCGAGCUCAGUCAGCACCAAAUCCAGCUCUUUGACCUUCUCCCUCACCUCUUCCCACCAGGUUCUCCUCGCCCCCUCUCUGAUGCCAGUCCCGCCCUGCCAUGAGUCUAUGAGCCCCCUCCGGAUCAGCGUGGGUGGUCUGCCCGUCCUCGCGUCCAUGACCAAGGGUGCUGACCCCCGCUUCCGACUGCGCUGGAGGGCCAUCGUGCUGUCCUCAGCCUGCGUGGGGCUUGUGCUGCUGCUCUUCUGCCUGCACCGUUCCUCCCCAGCGCGGCACGGCCCCCCCAGCCCUCGCACCUGGCAGCUCGGCCUGCAGGCAGGAGACCGCUACAAUGACACCUACCCGCUGUCCCCACCGCAGAGAAACCCCGAGGGCGUGCGCUACCGCAUCGGCGUCAUUGCGGACCUGGACACACAGUCCCGGGGCUCCCAGGAGCACACCUGGUUCAGUUACCUGAAGAAGGGCUACCUGGUACUGUCAGACAGCGGGGACAGAGUGACGGUGGAGUGGGACAAGGAUGAGAGCAUGCUGCAGUCCCACCUGGCUGAGAAGGGCCGGGGCAUGGAGCUCUCCGAGCUGGUGGUUUUCAAUGGGAAGCUGUACGCAGUGGACGACCGGACAGGGGUGGUCUACCAGAUCGAGGGCAACAAGGUGGUGCCCUGGGUGAUCCUCCCAGAUGGGGAUGGCACUGUGGGGAAAGGCUUCAAGGCGGAGUGGCUGGCAGUGAAGGAUGAGCACCUGUAUGUGGGAGGACUGGGCAAGGAGUGGACCACCACAACAGGGGAAGUGGUGAACGAGAACCCCCAGUGGGUGAAGGUCAUUGGCUACAAGGGUGACGUGAGCCACGAGAACUGGGUGACAAACUACAAUGCGCUGAGGGCUGCAGCGGGGAUCCGGCCCCCAGGGUAUCUGAUCCACGAGUCAGCCUCCUGGAGCGACACGUUGCAGCGCUGGUUCUUCCUGCCGCGCCGCGCCAGCCACGAGCGCUACAGCGAGAAGGCAGACGAGCAGCGAGGCACCAACCUGCUGCUGAGCUCCACCCAGGACUUCGGGGAUGUGACGGUGGGGCGUGUGGGCGAGGUGGUUCCCACCCACGGCUUCUCCUCCUUCAAGUUCAUCCCGGACACAGACGACCAGAUCAUCGUGGCACUAAAAUCAGAAGAGGACAAUGGCAAAAUCUCCAGCUACAUCAUGGCCUUCACGCUGGACGGGCGCUUCCUCCUGCCCGAGACCAGGAUUGGGAGUGUGAAGUACGAGGGCAUUGAGUUUAUUUAACAGACAUCUGGACCGAGUGGAGGCGUGCAGGCAGCCUAGGGAUGUGGGCAGGCCCUGCUAGCCUGCUCCUAGCCCGGGGUCCAUGGGGGGUGGCAGGCAGCGCUCCCAGCUCUGGCCCUGGCCCUGGGCUCUCCUGUAAAGUGUUGACUGAGCUGCAGCAGGUGUGGUGCAAGUGUUUCGGCAGUGGCACCUGGUGGCAAGGGACCGCCACCACAGGGUGUUCCCGGCCCUGGGACAGUGCCCAGGUCCUGGAAUGCUGGCAGGCCCCACUGCAGCCCUUAGUGCCCAGCCCUGAAUUGCGACAGAACUGUCUGCGGUGGGUCGGUGGCUCUGGUGACAUCCCCACUCUGGGUUUGUAGCUGAGCCCCAGCUCUACAACUCUGCCCUGUGUGCCAUGGAACUCCCUGGGUGGAGGGCGAUUUCAUCAGGCUUUUUCUCCAGAAGCUGAUCUUCCUUCCCUUUUCCCAUCAGCUGGGUGAGGUGAUGGCUGGGGUGACGGGUUUUCUGUUUCAGAGAAAAGUCUCACACAGGAAGA